AUGUCCUACAAAAUCACCACCGACCCAACCCUCUCCCCACCCUCCGCAAAUGCCAUGAUCUCCUUCAUGGAAUCCUUCUACCAAAUUAGCGACAAUGAGUCCCAGCACGCGCAAUACGUCGCCAGCUUCACACCAGACGCAACACUAAUCAUGGGUCCUAAGGUCGCGAACGGAGCAGACGAAAUCCUAAACCUGCGCCACAGUCUCUGGACGCAUGUGGCGUCGAGGAAACAUACCCCGCAAAAGAUCUAUUUCGGGGGCGAGAGGGAGCUCAUGCUGUAUGGGACGGUGAGGUAUGUGCUUAAGGCGGAGCCCGGGAAGGAGGUGGAGGUUCCGUGGGCGGGGAGGGUGGUUUUUGACGAUGGGGAUGAGUUAAAGAUGAAGUUUUAUCAAGUUUAUUUGGAUACGGCGGCGCAGUCUGGCAAGAAGUGA